UCUUCACUCUCUAGCUGUCCUCGUCCUUCACGCAUCAAAAUGUGGAUACGCAUUUUGUUUUUGGAGAUCGACAUCAGGAUAUUGAUUUUUCUAUCCGUGUCACUUAUUUGCAUGUUGUGGUACAUAAAACAAAAGGAUCCACCCAACUUUCCUCCAGGACCACCAGCCCUCCCCCUUUUAGGAAACGUCUUCAGCAUUGAUCACAAGCAGCCUCACAUUUACCUGACCAAGCUCGCUGAGCUGUAUGGGAAUGUGUUCUGCAUGCGUCUGGGGCGAGACAAAACAGUCUUUGUAUCUGGAUGGAAGAUGGUCAAGGAAGCCCUGGUAACGCAGGCUGACAACUUUGCAGACCGUCCAAACACACCGGUGGUGACUCGAAUUUACUCUGGAAACUCAGCUGGACUUUUCUUCAGUAACGGAAAAGUGUGGAGGAGACAGCGACGGUUCGCCAUGGCAACGCUGCGCACUUUUGGCUUGGCAAGGAGCUCCAUGGAGCAACGGAUUUGUGAGGAGAGUCGACACCUGCUGGAGGCCAUUGAGAGGGAAAAUGGUCAACUAUUUGACCCCGUGCCACUUUUCAACAACGCUGUGGCAAACAUCAUCAGCCAGAUUGUGUUUGGGAAGCGCUUUGAAUACAAGGAGCAUAAAUUCCAGAACAUGCUGACUAAUUUGACAGAAAUGGCGUAUCUGGAGGGAUCCACAUGGGCCCUGCUCUAUAAUGCGUUCCCAGCUCUGGUGAAACAUCUCCCCGGUCCUCACAAUGAAAUCUUCACAAACUCCAAGUCUUUGGAGGCAUCUAUCCGCGAUGAAAUACUGAGGCAUCAGCUGGACUUGGACCCCAGCAAACCACGAGACUACAUUGAUGCUUUUCUUAUUGAGGAGAAAGACAAUAAAAACACGGAACUGGGCUUUGAUGUGGAGAAUCUGGUCAUGUGCUGCCUGGACCUGUUCCUAGCUGGCAGUGAAACUACUUCAAAGACCCUGCAGUGGGGUCUCAUCUACCUGAUCAACGACCCAAGUAUCCAGGGAAAAGUUCAGGCAGAGAUAGACGCGGUUAUUGGACGAACUCGACUGCCCAGGAUGGCUGAUAAACCCAACAUGCCUUUUACUGAUGCCGUCAUCCAUGAGAUCCAGAGAAUGGGAAACAUUGUUCCCCUCAAUGGGCCCAGAAUGACCACAAGAGACACCACGCUUGGCGGCUUCUUCAUACCCAAAGGGACAUCAGUGAUACCGAACUUGACGUCUGUGCUCUUUGACAAGAGCGAGUGGGAGACGCCACACACCUUCAACCCAGGACAUUUUCUUGACGCUGAUGGCAACUUUGUGAGGAGGGAGGCGUUUCUACCUUUCUCUGCAGGUAGGCGUGUGUGUCUGGGGGAAGGUUUAGCCAGAAUGGAGCUCUUCUUGUUCCUCAUCAGCUUGUUGCAGAAGUUUACGUUUUCAACACUGGAUGGAAUGCAGUUGAGAACUGAUGGCAUCGUUGGAGCUACACGCUCACCAUUCCCCUUCAAGAUUUAUGCCAGCACUCGAUGACUGUGUUUAUUGGAGCCACAUUGAAAGUGACACUGCUACAUUGAUACUAUUAACAGCUAAAAUCCCUUGUGAGCGUGUAAUAGCACCUAUUCCCUCUUUGCACAAACAAAACAGACUGAGCCUACUUCAUCACAUGAUAGUUGCAAAAGCAGGAACAAAAGCAGAUGUUUCUGUAAGGUUUAGGUAUUUUGUUGUGUAUUUUAGUUAUUCAGCUUCUACAGUAUUGAAUAUAUAUCUAUAUUAUUGUAUAUUAUAUAUUAAUAUAUAAUCAUUAUCUGUUGAUAAGCAAAAUCUACAAUGCAGAUUUUAGGCUGCAUAGUAGGAUUGUGUGUGGAUGGUCAGAGAAUGAGGGGUCCCGCCCUGGAAAGGAAGAAGUGACAUCAUUGGUGCGGAACAUUGCUAGAGGAACAGCCAGAGAGGGCUGGCAUCAUCACCCAAGGACCAAUGGAAACAAGCCUUGCAUCAAAACUGUCUCACAAACUGUAUUUGCUUUGUGGGAGGAAAAAAGCCAAUGUAAUCUGGGUCGGCUCAGAUGUGAUGUAACGUUAAGAUGGUACCUUUUCGUGCUCACUUGAACUUCUCCAUUGUCAGUGAUCAUGAGCCCCGACCCAGGACGAAACACAGUGAAUGACAUCAGUCUGUUUUCAGUCGCCCCAUUGUAGAGUCAUGUUUCUCCUCCAGUGAAAAACACCCUGCCUCAGCCAGAGACCCUGGCGGAACAUAAACAGGGGAAAGAUUGCAUCACACCUCUGCGGGGUCCACUGCAGUCCGUAACAGAAGAUUUCAUCAGGUCUCACGCCUGCUGUGCUUCACAAGCUACAGUUUGCUUGUUGAAGAUGUUUUGCCAUGCAUUAAAGCCAGUUCCCAAUUCUUUCUGUUGUGGUUCACGCACUCGCCCACUGGUAGCACUGGUUUGGUCCAGCCAGGUCCAAACAUCCAUGUCUCUCCUGACACCUCCUCAUCUGCGCACCACACACGGGGAGAGUGGAGCCAGUUCCAACAAAAGGGCUCAACAAUGUCAGGCUGCCACUGUUGGUGGUCAAAGGGAGGUUUGC